AUGCUCUCAGGGGCUGGGUCCCAGGCACAGGGCCCUGAUCCCGCCAGCCCCAGGCAGGACGGCCACGGCUCCCUCAUGGAGACCAGGUUGGAGGCCCCCAUCAGGGAAGCACACAGAGAGGACCUCCGAAGCCGCAAGCUGAGCCCCAGCCCAGGUCAGAACUCCGAGGGCAAGGCGUCUUACCGCAGCUGGGCAGCGCAACCCGGCCAGGAGAAGGCACGGGGGUCGCCUAACCUGCCGUCCACCCUGGAGCCCCUGAACACAGGUGGCAGGGCUGCCACGGGCUCCCUCGCACGCCUGGGCUACCGGCGGGAGGCCAGACUGCCCUUCUCCAGGUUCCUAGAUGAGGUCACUGUGCGGGUGCUGGACCCCGGGACCCUGGAGGCCUUCAGGGUGCCCAGAAGCCGCAGCUUGGAGCCCUCCCCAGAUGAGCAAGGCUCAGGCCUGGCCCUGGAGCCCCUGGCAGGGGCUGCAGCCCCAGAGGAGGACCCGGCCCUGAGCCCCCAGCUUUGCUCGAAGGCAGCAGCUGAAGCUGCAAGUGGAGCGGUGCCAGGCGGCGCAGUGGAGGCCGGUGGGACCGUCACGCGCAGCGGCGAGCGUGGAGGCCGAGCUGCCUCGCCCUGGAGGCCCCCAGGCCGGACUGGGAUGAGAAUUUCCAUCCAGGUGUUACCUGGCUCAGAACGAGAGCAGUUGUCAGUGGUGCUUAACAAGUGCCCUGUGAGUGACCAGAGCCAGAGCCUGCAUGGCAAGGAGUUUUCCUGGCAGAGUUGGGGACGGAUUCCCCACCUCUCUUGCUGUCUGCCGAGGGCUAUGGCCAAGUGCCUGAUGGCUGCGCAGCCCCUGGGUGCCCUCGUGCCUCGGGCAGCCCCGAGUCCUGCAGGGCCAGCUGGCCAGGUCCUCGCCCUCGAUCUGGGACAGCGCUCGUGCGGCCUGGUGCACGUGGUGCGCACCCAGGAGUGCCCCAGCUGGCCCGCGCAGGCCUCAGUUUCCUCGCGCUCAGCGCCGCGGCCCGGCCCGCCGCCGUGUCGUUGCAGCGCGCUGCAGGAGCAGAAGGGCGAGCUGCGCAAGCGGCUGUCCUACACCACGCACAAGCUCGAGAAGCUGGAGACCGAGUUCGACUCCACGCGCCACUACCUGGAGAUCGAGCUGCGGCGCGCACAGGAGGAGCUGGAGAAGGUCACGGAGAAGCUGCGCAGGAUUCAGAGCAACUACAUGGCACUGCAAAGGAUCAACCAGGAGCUGGAGGACAAGCUGUAUCGCAUGGGCCAACACUAUGAGGAAGAGAAGCGUGCACUGAGCCACGAGAUUGUCGCCCUCAACAGCCACCUGCUGGAGGCCAAGGUGACCAUCGACAAGCUGUCGGAGGACAACGAGCUCUAUAGGAAGGACUGCAAUCUAGCUGCCCAGCUGCUGCAGUGCAGCCAGACCUACGGCAGGGUCCAUAAGGUGUCUGAGCUGCCCUCAGACUUCCAGGAGCGCGUGAGCCUGCACAUGGAGAAGCACGGCUGCAGCCUGCCCUCCCCACUCUGCCACCCGGCCUAUGCCGACAGCGUCCCCACCUGCGUCAUCGCCAAGGUGCUGGAGAAGCCCGACCCCACCAGCCUGUCCUCCCGCCUGUCCGAUGCCUCGGCCCGCGACCUGGCCUUCCGCGACGGGGUUGAGAAGCCAGGCCCAAGGCCCCCAUACAAGGGAGACAUCUACUGCAGUGACACAGCCCUCUACUGCCCAGAGGAGCGGCGGCAUGACCGGCGGCCCAGCGUGGAUGCGCCGGUGACCGAUGUGGGCUUCCUGCGCACCCAGAACUCCACCGACAGCGCGGCCGAGGAGGAGGAGGAGGCCGAGGCAGCGGCCUUCCCCGCGAGCUUCCGGCACGAGGCCUUCCCUGGCUACGCAGGCUCGCUGCCCACGUCCAGCUCCUACUCGAGCUUCAGCGCCACAUCGGAGGAGAAGGAGCACGCUCAGGCCAGCACGCUCACCGCCUCACAGCAGGCCAUCUACCUGAACAGCCGCGACGAGCUCUUCGACCGCAAGCCGCCCGUCUCCACUGCCUACGAGGGCAGCCCUCGCUUUGCCAAGGCCACUGCUGCGGUGGUGGCCCCGCUCGAGGCCGAGGUGGGCCCAGGGUUCGGCCGGACUGUGUCGCCCUACCCGGCCGAGACUUUCCGCUUCCCAGCCUCCCCGGGCCCCCAGCAGGCCCUGAUGCCCCCAACCCUGUGGAGCCUGCGGGCCAAGCCAGGGACCACCCGGCUCCCCAGGGAGGACAUUCGGGGCCAGUGGCGGCCCCUGAGCGUGGAGGACAUCGGCGCCUACUCCUACCCAGCCAGCACUGCAGGCCGCGCCUCACCCUGCAGCUUCUCCGAACGCUACUACGGUGGUGGCAGGGGCAGCCCAGGCCAGAAGGUCGAGGGCCAUGCCAGCCCCCUCUAUGCCAGCUACAAGGCCGACAGCUUCUCAGAGGGUGACGACCUCUCCCAGGGCCACCUGGCAGAGCCCUGCUUCCUGCGGGCAGGUGGUGACCUAAGCCUCAGCCCUGGCCGCUCGGCCGACCCACUGCCUGGCUACGCACCCAGCGAGGGGGACGGGGACCGGCUCGGGGUGCAGCUGUGUGGGGCCGGCAGCAGCCCCGAGGCCGAGCAUGGCUCCAGAGACUCCUUGGGGCCCAGCUCCAUGGAAGCCUCCCCGGAAAUGCACCCUGCCGCCCGCCUCAGCCCCCAGCAGGCCUUCCCGCGGACUGGUGGCUCGGGGCUGAGCCGCAAGGACAGCCUCACGAAAGCCCAGCUCUACGGAACCCUGCUCAACUGACUGCCUGCGUGCAGGCCACAGCCAUGGGCUUGCCUCUCCCCCAGUCACCCAUAUUGCCCCAGCCCCUGCCAACAAGGAGUAACCUGUUCCUCCCAACACCCCCUCUUCCACCUAAUCCAGUAGAGCCCCGGAGGAGGACCCCCCCCAUUGCCGUCUUGUCCACCCCCAGCCCACCGCAAUGGAACUUCCCCUUAGAAUGUUUUUCACACACUAACACCCUUCCCCCACCUGCGAUGAGCAUCCCCCCUUUUAUAAAGUGAAACUAUUUUUAUAGAGAAAAAGGAUCUUUCUUAACGCACUUGGCCUCCAGCUCCCUGGACGGCAGCCUUGGCGUUUCAACACAAAGCUCCUUUAUUUUUGGGGUGAGGGUGCAUGGGGCCAGCCCCUUAGAAGGGAAAGACAGUGUCGUGGGGAGAACAAGCUCCACAAGCGGGAAGACACCUAGCAAGCUGAUAAUAAGGGAACCCCAAAGUUCUGUCCAUGAAGAGGGGAAUGGAAUGAGAUGAAUUAGGGGAUAUGAACUGUUUUAAAAAUCUACUUUUCACAGUGUGGCCAACACACCACCCUGAGCUCUUCCACGGUCCAAC